AUGGCCGGCGUGCAGCAGGGCGAGAAGCAGCUCUUCGAAAAGUUCUGGAGAGGCACCUUCAAAGCCGUGGCCACGCCGCGACCCGAGAGCAUCAUCGUGGCCAGCAUCACCGCCCGCAAGCCGCUGCCCAGUUCUGGGACGCUCAGCUGCCUGCCGUACCCUGCGGAGGACAGACGGCCCGAGAAGCUGAGCAGCUGCGUGGUCAGGGAGCCUGCCAGCACCAAUGGCUGUGCCAAGGGGAGGGACAGACGAGACCAUGCCCACCGCAGGUCACGCAGCCCUUCAUGCGAUGGGGAGCGGCCACUGCCAGCUCGGGGGAAGAAGAAGAAAAAGAAAUCUGGCCGCAAGAAGAGAAGGAGGUCUCCCUCCUACAGUCCUUCACCUGUGAAGAAGAAGAAGAAGAAGAGCUCCAAGAAGCGAAAAAGAAACAGGUUGUCAUCAAAGAAGAGAAGGCACAGUUCUUCAAGCCCCAAAAGUAAGAGAAAGGAAGAAAGAAAACACAAAAAACACUCUCGUGGGCGCACCCGGAAAUCCCAUCGGCAUCGCCGCUGCCACUCUCGCUCAGAGAGCUCCGACUCCCACUCCCCCAGCUGCCGGAGCAGGCACAGAGCCAGGUCUCGGGAGGAAGGGCGUAAAACACGGCAAAGGCGCUCCUGGCACCACUCAAAGAUCACGGCAAAGAGAAGCUCCUCUGCAGAGGUUCAGGCCAGUCAAAAAGCCAGCCCAGCCCUCCCACUCUACAGCUUCCUGUCUUCUAAGGAAGUAAGCGUGUGGGGCCAUGUGAGUCACUGCUUGUAAAGCCUUAUAAGGCAGCGUGGAGAGCAGAACCUCACACCACACGCUGAUGUGUGCACGCACACGCAGAGGAAGAAAAACAAGAUCUCUCAGUCAGGGUCUUCUGCUGACCUCUUUACCAAAACAGACAGCCCGCCUGGCAACCUAGCCAGCCAGAAUGGAGAGUAUCAUGAAUAUGACUCAGGAAACGAUACUUCCUCCCCUCCCUCCACUCAAACGAGCUCAUCCAGGUCAAAGGACAGCCAGGAGAAAAGAAGUCUAGUCCAUGAUGGCUUUGGCCAUGCCUUCUCGUCCGGGAAGCCCAAACUGGCCAACAGCGAUAACAGCUCUGAUUCAGGAAAUUCCUUCACCAGUUGCUUUUCCCAGACCAAGGGAACAGCUUUGGAAAAUCUGUCUCCAGAUGCCCAGGGACAAGACCGAAGAGCGUGCCUACCCUCAUGUCUCGGUUCCUCAGAGGAGAAGAAGCGAAUCUUCCUCCCCUCGGCAGCGCCCAGCUCCCCGGCCAGGCCUGGCUCCCGCAGCGAGUCCUGCAGCAGCACGGGCCGAUCCUCCCCCGGCUCCAGCCGCUCCCGCUCCUCGCACCGCAAGGCCUCGCCCAGGUCCUCCCGAAGCAGGUCCUGCUCCUCGGGAAAGAGGUCAUCCUCACGUUCCCCCAGCUAUUCCUCCAAAUCCUGCAAAAAAAGUCCUGGGAGUAGAAGUUCAAGGCCUCGCCGGAGCCCCAGUUACUCCCGCUACAGCCGUAGCAGGGACCGCGAGCGGGAGCACAAGUACAGCUCCAGCGAGAAGGAGUCGCAGCGGGAGCGGCAGCGGCGGCGCCGCUCCUAUUCCCCCCUGAGGAAACGCCGGAGAGACUCCCCCAGCCACCUCGAAGCUCGGCGCAUCACAAGUGCCCGCAAACGCCCCAUCCCCUACUACCGCCCCAGCCCCUCCUCCUCCAGCAGCGCCGGCAGCUAUUCCUCCUGGUACAGCAGCUUCAGCCGCUCCCCGAGCCGCAGCCGCAGCUACUCCAGCUACCGGACGAGCCGGAGCCGAAGCUGGAGCAGCAGCCGGAGCUCGGGCCCCAGGAGCAGCCGCAGCAGGAGCAGGAGCUAUGACUCAGGAGCCAGCUCCGACAGCCUGCGUCGUUAG